CCAAUUUUUCCUUUUUGUUGUUCAACGAAAAUCUGAUUUCAUACCCAAUUCCCGGGCCAAAUCCAUCUAAAGUUUGGUGCUUUUCGUUUUGGGAUUACUUCGAUUCCUAAAUCUGAUUUAGGGUUUUAAUCAAUUCGGCAAUCGGGUUUCUUGGGAUGAAGUAUUCGGAGUUUCGGAUUUAUUGAUUUUCAUGAUCCAGGUGCUAAUUAAGGAAAAAAGAGGUUUCUUUUUUGAUAUUGAUAUUUGGGAAAUUUUGAGGUUUGAGAGAGAUCAGAGAAGAUGGAUCUUGUAAUCGGUGGGAAAUUUAAGCUUGGAAGGAAAAUUGGUAGUGGAUCAUUUGGAGAGCUUUAUCUAGGUGUAAAUGUUCAAACAGGAGAAGAAGUUGCUGUCAAGUUGGAAAAUGUGAAGACCAAGCAUCCACAACUUCAUUAUGAGUCAAAGUUGUAUAUGCUGCUUCAAGGAGGAUCUGGUAUUCCGAACCUCAAGUGGUUUGGAGUUGAAGGUGAUUACAGCGUAAUGGUUAUUGACCUUCUAGGUCCUAGUCUUGAAGACUUGUUUAACUAUUGCAACAGGAAGUUCACAUUGAAAACGGUUCUCAUGCUUGCCGACCAAUUACUUAACAGGGUUGAGUAUAUGCAUACUCGAGGUUUCCUUCACCGUGAUAUAAAACCUGACAACUUUUUAAUGGGACUUGGACGCAAAGCAAAUCAGGUGUAUAUCAUUGAUUUCGGACUAGGGAAGAAAUACAGAGACCUUCAGACUCACAAGCACAUUCCUUACAGAGAAAAUAAAAAUCUCACUGGGACAGCUCGGUAUGCAAGUGUCAACACUCACCUUGGAGUCGAACAAAGUCGAAGGGAUGAUUUGGAAUCACUUGGUUAUGUUCUUAUGUAUUUUCUCAAAGGAAGCUUACCAUGGCAGGGAUUAAAAGCUGGGACAAAGAAGCAGAAGUAUGACAGAAUCAGCGAGAAGAAAGUGUCAACUCCUAUAGAGGUGUUGUGUAAAAACCACCCGUCUGAAUUCGUUUCAUACUUUCAUUACUGCCGAUCUUUACGGUUUGAUGACAAACCUGAUUACUCUUACCUCAAGAGGCUUUUCCGUGACUUGUUCAUCCGAGAAGGUUAUCAAUUCGAUUAUGUAUUUGACUGGACAGUCCUAAAGUAUCCUCAAAUCGGAAGUAGCUCUGGUUCUAGUUCACGAACAAGGCAUCAUACAACAGCGAAACCAGAUCCUAUCGAAAGACAAGAGAGGAUCCCAGGAAAGGAAACAACCCGUUAUAAAAUCCCAGGUGCAGUAGAGGCAUUCUCCCGAAGACACCCGACUACAACUUCUACGCCACGUGAUCGUUCCAGAUCAAGAAACUCAGAUGACGGACCUUUCUCUAAGCAGACACACGGAGACUCCGAAAGAGCAAACAGUUCCUCAAGAUACAGAGCAUCUUCUUCUAGGAAAGCCGUUGCUGCUUCAAGCUCCCGGCCAAGUUCUGCAGGUGGACCAAGCGAAAGCCGAGCUUCAAGUCGUCUGGUUUCAUCAAGCGGCGGUGGUGGCAGCGGUAGUGGUAAUGGCCGUCCCUCGACUAGCCAGAGAGUCCAAGCUGGAUAUGAAUCCAAGACUUUGUCUUUCUCUCGUGCAACAGCUUCAAGAAACACUAGGGAAGAUCAAUUGAGAAGCUUCGAGCUUCUCUCUCUUCGGAAAUAAAGCUAAAUGAUGAAGAGAGAGAGACAGCAAACUCCAUGAAAAACCCAAAGAAAUUACCUAUGAGAAAGAUGAGAAUCUUGGUUUGAGGGAAUUCAUAUAUUUGAGCUGAUGAAAUCCUCAGAUCUUUUACAUGUAAUUUCAGCUUCAGCUUGCAGAGAUCUUUCCCACCACUCGUCGUUUGUUUAUGUAAUCGUGAUGUGUUAGACAAAAUAACAAUCAAAAUGUAGA